CGGGCGGCGGGAUGCGAGUUGCCGGGCCCGGGGAGGGGCGGCGGGUUGGCGGGUUGCGGGGGCCGCAUUGCUCCCCUUGCUGGCCGGGCUCCCGGGUGCAGGAUCCGCUUGGGGCCCCCGGAGUAGGGUUGUCUCUGCAGUUGCGGGGUGUCGCGUCCGGGGGGGGGUGGACGCCACCCGGGGCCGGGCUCAACACGGGGGACUCUGAGGGCCAGGCUGCAGCCGGGGUCGCGGCGCUUGGGCUUCGCGCCCUGCUAGGUCUUGGUGUCUGGGGCGACUGGGUGUCCCGGGCCCCACGCAGGAGCUGUCACGUGAGCCCCCGAUUUGUGAGUGUGGGCAUCUGGGCUUCGAGAGCCCCUUUCUUCCCCAAGCCAUGAAGACGGCACCCUCGGGGCACCUGCUGCCCACUGACCUCAGUCGGUACAGCCACCUGCUCACCCGGCCCGGCCCGAGCGGGAAGAAGUUCCGCAGCAAGCCGCAGCUGGCACGCUACCUGGGCGGCUCCGUGGACCUGAGCACCUUCGACUACCGCUCGGGCAAGAUGCUGCUGGGCCGCGUGAGCAAGAGCCGCCAGCGCGUGCGCUAUGACUCGGCGCCCCAGCUCAGGGGCAAGCCUGACCUGAACACGGCGCUGCCCGUGCGCCAGACGGCCUCCAUCUUCAAGCAGCCCGUCACCAAGAUCACCAACCACCCCGGGAACAAGGUCAAGAGCGACCCACAGAAGGCCGCGGAGCAGCCGCGCCAGCUUUUCUGGGAGAAGAAGCUGAGCGGCCUGAGCGCCUUCGACGUGGCGGAGGAGCUGGUGAAGACCAUGGACCUGCCCCGGGGGCUGCAAGGCGUGGGCCCCGGCUGCACGGACGAGACGCUGCUGUCGGCCAUCGCCAGCGCCCUGCACACCAGCUCGCUGCCCAUCACGGGGCAGCUGUCGGCCGCCGUGGAGAAGAGCCCCGGCGUGUGGCUCAACACCACACAGCCGCUCUGCAAGGCCUUCCUGGUGACCGAUGACGACAUCAGGAAGCAGGAGGAGCUGGUGCAGCAGGUGCGCCGCCGGCUGGAGGAGGCGCUGGUGGCCGACAUGCUGGCACACGUGGAGGAGCUGGCCCACGACGCCUCGGACCCGGCCGGGGACGGCGACGCCGAUGGGGACGACGAUGAGGAUGAGCCCCAGCCCGGCCUGGAGCGCGUGUGACCCCUGGAGCGCGUGGGACCCGGGACGCGCAGCCGCCGGUUCUUGGACUAGGCUGCCAGGCGGGGGACCCAGGGGCGCAAUGCCAGCCCCCCGCCCCCCGUGAGCCUUGGGGACUCUGGGCGGGGCGCCACAUUCGCGCCCAAUAAAGUCAUGAGCUGGC